AUGUCAACCGACGCGGAAAAAAUAUACGGCGCAAUGGAAAACUCAUCAUCCAACGAGGAUGGGCCCCGAGUGGGCGACAACAAGGCAGUUCUCGUCAACGAAGAGGGGCUCACUGACCUAGAGACUGUAUCCACAGGUAGUGUCAAGCCUCUUGAGACCGCUGAAGAUAUCGUCACACAUGUCAUCCAAGUUGAUGAUGAUCCUUCGAUGAAUCCAUGGACAGCUCGCAUGUUUAUUGUCGGCAUCGGAUUGUCUGCCUUUGGAGGCGUUUUGCAGGAAAUCAUGUACUUCAAGCCCCAGGUCGUAUACGUGUCUGUCAUGUUCUUGACAGUCCUCGCCGAGACGCUCGGAACGGGUCUAGCACAUAUCAUCCCCAGAAAGGGAGCCAUCGGACGCUUUCUCAACCCACACCCCUGGAACCGAAAGGAACAUACUGCCGCCGUUCUCAUGGCAUCGGCGGCGUCCGUCUCGGCCCUGUCGACUGAGGCUUUGUCGGUACAGAAGCUGUGGUAUGGAGGUUACCCCAACCAGGCCGCAGGCAUCUUCAUUACCCUCUCUUCCCAACUAAUCGGGUAUGGGAUCGCGGGUAUGAUGAGGACUGUUCUCCUCUACCCGACCAAGAUGUUGUAUCCUGCCAACCUUCCCAUCACGACAGUUAUGGAGACCCUACACAAGCCCAAGUCAGAGACCAGAAAACGAUUCCAAGUCUUUUGGAUCAUUUUUGUGGCCAUUUUCGUCUGGGAAUGGUUCCCUGAGUAUAUCUUCCCGCUCCUCUCGGCUGUGUCCAUCUUCUGCCUCAUCGAUCGAAACAACCUUGUGUUCACAAACCUCUUCGGCGGCUCACAGGGUAAUGAGGGUAUGGGUCUUCUGAGUGUUUGCUUCGAUUGGAAUUAUAUCGCCGGCUUCGGAUCACCCCUAUGGAUGCCACUGCAGACUCUGUUCAACAGCUUCAUCGGUUAUCUUGGAGGCAUCGUCAUUUCCAUGGGUCUCUACUACAGCAACAUUUGGAGAGCCAAGGAUUUCCCUUUCAUGUCGCAACUGCUUUACGAUGGGAGUUCCAACACAACCAGUUCCAACCCAUACAACGAAACUGCCAUCAUGAAUCCCGACUUCACCGUGAACAACAAGGCAGUUGAUGAGGCAGGUCUCCCGUACCUGACGGCAACAUAUGUUAACUAUCUCAUCACGUCAAACGCCGGGCUGACUGCUACUUUGGUACACAUGCUCCUCUGGAACUAUGCGGAAGUCAGCUUGGGAUGGGCAUGGAUCACCGUUGCCAACCUCAAGAAGUUGCUACGCCCCGACAACUACUAUUUCUGGAGACAGACUGGCCGUCGUACCGAGGAGGAAAAGUCCAAGCUUCGGGAUGACCCGACCAUCGAUCCUCACUACAAACUCAUGCUGGAUUACGACGAAGUUCCAAACAGCUGGUACUUCCUCAUUUUUGCUGCCAGUUUCAUCAUCGGCCUUGUGUGCUUGUACGUUAUGAAGUCUACACUUCCAUGGUGGGGCUUCAUUCUGGCAACUAUCUUGUUGGGUAUCUUCCUAGUCUUCUUUGGUGCCCAGUAUGCCAUCACUGGGUUUGGUUUCAACCUUCAGCCUAUCUUCCAGAUGCUUGCAGGCUACAUGUUUCCGGGUCGCCCUUUGGCAAACAUGUACUUCACAUCCUAUACCUAUAACGCUCUCACGCAGGGCUUCCUUCUGCUUCGCGAUCUUAAGCUCGCCCAACAAAAUAAGCUAUCUCCUAAGGCCACUUUCACUACACAGGUCAUUGGUUGCAUCCUUGGAGCUCUUCUUAACUACGUGAUGAUGAUCAGUAUCGUCGACAACCAAUCCCCCAUUCUCAAGUCAGCUGAAGGAACCAACAUCUGGUCCGGCGCCCAGAUUCAACAAUUCAACACCCUGGCCAUCGCUUGGUCCAUCGCCCCGAAGAUGUUUUCCAUCGGAGCUCGUUACCAAUGGGUCACGAUCGCCUUCUUCAUCGGUUUCCUCGCCCCGUUGCCAUUUUACAUCAUGCAUCGGCUUUUCCCCAAGUCAAAGAUCUGGCCAUACUUGAACUCUUCUAUUAUCCUCUGGUAUCUCGGUUACCUCUUUGUCGGACUCAAUGCUUCUAUCACAAGCUACUACAUUUUGGGUGCUUUUGGUCAAUUCUAUCUUCGACGAUACCGGCCAAAGGCGUUCGUCAAGUGGAAUUAUCUUGUGUCUGCGGCACUAGAUGGCGGUACUCAGGUCAUGGUCUUUAUCGCUACUUUUGCGGUUUUUGGUGGUUCUGGGAAGUCGGUGCCAUUUCCUGAAUGGGCGGGAAACAAGCCGGAUAACUUGGACUAUUGCGCUUAUAGCGGUUAG